AUGUCGGACCCUGGGCAACUAAAUAGAUUAUCGAGAACAGCUGGAGCAAGACAUUUCAAGAGCGGAGCUCUAGGAUUUGUUAUUGGAGUGUCAUUGGCAUCUUUUUUGGCAGUGCGGAUCGUAGAUAAGACUAGGAAGGAAAUGGACUGGGCCGAUAGUGUGUCAGACCUGAGUCGGUCCGUGAGAACUCUGGAGACGCACGUUAAAGACUUAGAACGCAAUUCCUCGAAUGGCAAACCUUGA